AACAUCUUGACCGCUGGGCCACGGGCUGGUUCCAUUCCACGGAACUCACUCUGUCUUGGCCACCAAAGACGCAGCAGCGGUUGCGGACACCGAAGGCAUAAGCUGGCACAAGAAUUCACAGUACUUCUACGAGGGAAAGUAUGACUACUGAGAGCUGCAAGCGAUUGUCGCACGGGCCUAGUUUGAACGAGCCGCUUAUCAUAAAGGUCGCUAGUCACCACCGGAGCGAGAAGUUAGGUACAUAGGGCUUGAUACAUUACAUCAAUGUCAUUGAAUAGACCUGAAACGAACGCGCUUGCUUGACGCUGCUGGCUCAGGGGAUGGCGGGAGGCAACAGCUUUCUGCGGCUCUUUGCCGUGGCCGCCCUUUGUCUCGGCAUAACAGUGGCGGGAGGCAACAGCUUUCUGCGGCUCUUUGCCGUGGCCGCCCUUUGUCUCGGCAUAACAGUGGAUGGCAAAUAUGGUGCGGUGACCAUAGAUUAUCGCCUUGGCUCAGCGCUGACACACAGCUCCAAAUCCAGUGUCGCCCCGAAGCGACGGUUGCAGGACGGCGGCUGUGCCUUCGGCGGCCUUCGCGGCGUCCUGGCCAGCUCUGGCCCCUUCGGUGGUUUACGCAGCUGCACCUACUGUGUGUUCGACGCGGGCGCCUGCGCGGUGGCGUGCAACAACUGCGCGGGCAUCAACACCAACUCGAGCAGCGUGCAGCUCAGCCUGCUGGGAUGCCAGGCCGGCCCGCUCACCAUCGUGGUGGACGCAUCCGGACAGCUCGCGUGCCAGGAACCAGCACCUGCCUUGCCCUUCCCACCCAGCGCGCCCAGCCCGCCUGGGCCGGAGGGCGGGCUUACUGGCAGCGUUAUUGUGUGGCACUCACUCGAUGAAAAUCGCACCAGCCCACUGCCUGUCACCUAUACGGCUGUGUUUGACACGGGCAACAACAGCACCCUUACUUCGCAGUUCAGCCUGGGCGCGCUGCAGCGGGGCGCGGACGUGGUUACAGGCGACAUGGUGACGUUUAAGGUCAAGGCGCCCGGCACGGGCCGGCGCCGCGGCCUGCGCAGUGACGCGUUUGUGCUUGAUUGCGACCCCGACUCGGGUCUGUGCCUGGACACUGACACGGCCGUGCUCAACGGCACCAGCACCGGCGCCAAGGACUUCGUGAUCAACGGCAAGCCGGUCAACGUCACCUCCAUCAUCAUGCUGGCGACCGUGUGUGGCACACAGCCGCUGAUGAGCGUGUCGGCCCUGCGCUCCACGCUGUUCAACCCGGCCAGCGGCGCGCCCACCCGCGCCACCAUGCAGGAGUACUACGACACCUGCUCGUACGGCAAGCUCAACUACCUCGCCACCAACAACCUAAUCACAACCGUCAACCUGCCUUGCUCGGCGCUCUACCAGACCACGGCCAGCGGCACCCAGGUCUUCUAUGACUCAGUCAACAAGUGCGGCGACCCGGAGCGCAUGGGCUGGGUGCGCGACGCAGUGGUGCAGGCGCAGCAGAACCUGGGUCUGUCCGACAUCUCCUUUUACAAGCGCCGCACGUUAAUCCUGCCCAAGCGCAAGGCCUGCGCCUGGGCGGGGACUGCCUCUGUGGGCUGUGACACCAACUGCAUCACAAUGAUAAACCAGCUCAACUCCUACCUGGAUGUGUCGUCCACCUUCCACGAGCUCGGUCACAACAUUGGCCUGCAGCACGCCAACAGCUGGAACAGCGCCACAGGCGACAUCAACGAGUACGGCGACUUCACCGACCCCAUGGGCACCGCCUGGCCCGCAAACGACCCCUACCAGAACAAGUCAUUCAUCUGCAGCGCCGCGCCCACAGCCUUCAAGGCCGGCUGGGCCACGCCCUCCUACAAUUUCUCAAUCGCCGGCGGCGGCCUGGUCCCCGGCUCGCCACGCACGCUGGCGGUGCCGUCCAUGCACCUCACCGACCAGAACUUUGUCUAUUUCAACAUCUCCACCCUGGCCCCCUUCCCCGUCACCUGGCCCGCCGGCGCUCCCGGCCUGCCCAAAACCAACCAGUUGUUCGUGAGCUAUCGUGUGCGCCAGACCGGAGUCACCGGCUACGACUCGGGCCUGCCCAACGACCAGAACCGCAGGGUCUGGAUUCAUUCCUACAACGCCACCUACCGCCUGCCGCCGCGCGCCGACCCCGACGCCCUAGACAUGGGCCCCGCGUUGGUGGCGGUGCUGGCACCCUCUGCCCCCGCCGCCGCGGGCUCCAUGCGCACCGCCCGCUCCUUCAGGGUCAACUACGGCUCCAUUGCGGGCUCCACCUCGCCUGUCAAUGGCCUCAACAUCACCACGCUGUCAGUCAACGCCACACACGCCGUCAUCACCGUCUGUUACUUCCGCGCCCUCAACGAAGACGGUGCCGAGAACGGCUGCGCCAACGGCUUUGAUGACGACUGCGAUGGUCUGGUGGACGACGCGGAUCCCGACUGCGCCUCCGGAGUGGUGCGUUCGCCACCGCCGCCACCACCCCCCUCGCCUCCCUCCCCCCCGCCCCCACCCAAGUCGCCGUCGCCGCCCAAGCCCCCGUCGCCCCGCCCUCCGCGCAAGCCGCGCAAGUCGCCCCCGCCCCUGCCGCCCCCACCCAAGUCGCCCCCGCCGCCCCCGCCCAAGUCGCCGUCGCCGCCCCCGCCCAAGUCGCCACCGCCGCCCCCACCCAAGUCGCCCCCGCCGCCCCCGCCCAAGUCGCCGUCGCCGCCCCCGCCCAAGUCGCCCCCGCCGCCCAAGCCCCCUUCGCCCAGCCCGCCCCCGCCGCCCCCGCCCAAGUCGCCCCCGCCCCUGCCGCCCCCGCCAAAGUCGCCCCCGCCAAAGCCCCCUUCGCCCAAGCCGCCGCGCAAGCCGCGCAAGUCACCCCCGCCCCUGCCGCCCCCGCCCAAGUCGCCGUCGCCGCCCCCGCCAAAGCCCCCUUCGCCCAAGCCGCCGCGCAAGCCGCGCAAGUCACCCCCGCCCCUGCCGCCCCCGCCCAAGUCGCCGUCGCCGCCCCCGCCCAAGUCGCCGUCGCCGCCCCCGCCCAAGUCGCCGUCGCCGCCCCCGCCCAAGUCGCCGUCGCCGCCCCCGCCCAAGUCGCCGUCGCCGCCCCCGCCCAAGUCGCCGUCGCCGCCCCCGCCCAAGUCGCCGUCGCCGCCCCCGCCCAAGUCGCCGUCGCCGCCCCCGCCCAAGUCGCCGUCGCCGCCCCCGCCCAAGUCGCCCCCGCCGCCCCCGCCCAAGUCACCCCCGCCCCUGCCGCCCCCGCCCAAGUCACCCCCGCCGCCCCCGCCCAAGCCCCCUUCGCCCAAGCCGCCGCGCAGGCCGCGCAAGUCGCCCCCGCCCCUGCCGCCCCCGCCCAAGUCGCCACCGCCGCUGAAGUGGCCGUCGCCGCCCAAGCCCCCUUCACCCCGCCCGCCGCGUAAGCCGCGCGCGCCACCGCCGAAGAUGCGGUAAGCAGUUGGGCGUGAGCUGCUGGUGGAUGGCAAGGAAGAGGAGGGGCGUCAGACGCUCGCUGCCAAAGCUCCGUCUGCGCGAUCCGUGGCACAGCUGAGGCAAUCAGGGGAGGUGGCCAGGAGGGCGUGUACGCGCCGGCAGCAGAGGAGCCGGUUGAAGAGACUGGGGUGCAUUACUUGGGACGGGUAUGUGCACCCCUGAGGGUCCCGGCAACCAGUCAUAAAGCCCCAGUAGGCGCCGAUUUGUAGCACGGUGGCGUGUCCUGUGCACCCAUGCUUUAUUAUGCAUUAUGAUGGAUGACGCCUUAGCCUUUGCAUUGCUGUGUGUGUGAGCACUGAAAGCCAAAGCUUGUUUCCGGAGAGUGGUCACGCACCUUCAUGGCAGGAGGGGUUAGACAAAAAUGCUUGUGCAAAGCCGUGCACAAAAGGAAGUAGUAACGCCGCCAUUGCCGGCCAUAGCCAUAGCUAAUAGACGCAAUACAGCUCACAUGUCGAUUGCACAUUGUGGCAGAGUCUGUGCACUGGUGGUGUAGGCGGGGGGGGCGUAUGCAUGCACGCACAUGCACGCGCAUUCAGGGCUUGCCAGCCUGUUGAGUCAAGUUGAGUUGCAUUAGCGGUUUCGUUCCCGUUCUUGAACCCAAAUGGAGCAGGCAGCGGAAGGUGCCUGAGCUAGAAGCAGUUUAGCGUUUGUGUUGUAUGUGGAGCGGGCGGUUGUGGACGCCGGCACGGUCAUUGAAGUGCGGGGACACGCGAACGCUGAGCGCGGUGGUUACGGUGUUGGGCGACCUACUGGAGAUCUAGUUCGUGCCUGAGACGUGCGAAAAGAGUGCACAGGCAAGGCCGGGUGACAUGUGCACGAAACAGGGGGAGCAGGGCGCAGGCAGCGGCGAUAAGCAAUGAGGCGUGAAGGUGCGCACGCCUAUGCGGAGGUGCGUGUGCAGGGGUGCAAAGUGCAGUGACAACGGAUGUGAGGAGGCGCUGGUGCUACGCUGGGCGGCCUGGCGCCUGGUGGCUAGUACAGCAAGUGUGUGAUGGAGGAGAGCCCUGAGCGCCCUGGCUCGUGAACUGCGUCAGCAGGUCCCUCUUGUAACCAAUGCAAUCU